AUGGAAGUGGAUCCACCAAAUACCGCACUAUCUCCGACCACUGUGGUACAUCAAAGUCAGAAACUGAUAAAAGAUAAGGAAAAAAUCACAGUCGCAGAUGGGCAAGAAUAUCUUAAGAGACAAAGGGAAGAUGACUGGAUAGAAAAUCGUGUAGCAAGGAUUGAAGCUCAAAACGGGAAACUAGAAAAACUUCGAAGCGAUGUGAAGGUGGAGGAGGCGAAACUUGAAAAUCUUGAAAGAGAGUAUAAGUCGGAGUAG